AGAAAAUGUCCCUUAUCUCUUUCAGAUUGACCUUCGUGAUGACCCCAAGACCAUUGCCAAACUGAAUGACAUGAAGGAGAAGCCCAUACCCACUGAGCAAGGACAGAAACUAGCAAAGGAGAUUGGUGCAUGUUGCUAUGUGGAAUGUUCCGCUUUGACACAGAAAGGCCUGAAGACGGUGUUCGACGAGGCCAUCAUCGCAAUCCUGACUCCCAAGAAAAAGAAAGGAGCGCUGAAGAGAAGACUGGGACCCCGCUGCAUCAACUGCUGCCUGAUCACGUGAUAAAUUAACCUCCUGGAGAUCAGUCAGCAACAAACCAUAAACCAAACCUGGACUGCAGGCAAAAGACAGACAAAAGAAAAAUGCACAGACAGCAGAGUGAGAAACAAGAGGACUGAAAAGGACAAAACAAGAGCUACUUUUAUGCUGCAGGGCUCUUGAAAGGCCAUAGCUCUCUCCUGCUGUCCCACACAGGUUGAGGAUGCAGUCUACUACCAAAGGAGCACAAAACCCAAGUCUGUCUCUUCUUCUAAGACUUUUAGCUCCUGACGUACCUUCUUUUAUAACCAUUUGUAAUCAUUUGUUCCUUGUCUCAAGCUGUCAUGCAAAGAGGUCAUAUUAUUUCUAUGGUUUGAAAGCUACAUUUGUGCAUUUCUCUUCAAAAAAGAGCAAAUCAGAGAAAGCCUGCAACCUGUAAAUAAUGAGAGUCUGACCUAAGUGACACUGUGACAGUGGUGAAGACUCUGUAAGUCUGUCUCCAAUGAUAUGCCAAUUGGGCCCUGCAAACAAUAUCACACAAAAUGCAACGAGUGCAAUUCUGCCCAGAAACCACAUUUUGGACCUAAAACUGUAUUAUUUUAAAGUUUAAGCGUCUUGCUUUUGCCUUAUGAAACGUAUUACUUUAGAGUGUGGCAUGCCAAAACAUAUUGCAAGUUCCAGGCUGAGUUUUUAAUCAGGAACUCAAGAGGUCUAUUAUCCAUUUUCUAAAUAUAUAUUGUUCAGAGUUUAUGAUUCUAUGUCUCUAAGAUAGAGAUGAUCUUGUCAGCUAAUAAUAACUUUCUUUUCGUUAGAUUUUUGAUAUCCUUCAAUAAUGUGUUAUUAUGUUAUCAAUGUCAAGAAGGUUCAGAAGAGAUCUCAUUUAAGAAGAUAUAGAAUGAUUCACAUCCGACUUCCAAAGAAUCUAAUGCACACUUUUCACAAAAUCAUGCGGCUAGGUGACCCAAUACUGUAUAUCUAAGGCACAACAUGAAUCGCAGUCAGUGCCAUUUCAUUUCCGGCACAACAAAGCACAUUCCUCAGCUUUAAACACAGUUGUCUCUCUGAGAAGGCUGAUUGAAGCACAGAAGAUGCACACUGUUCCAGCAGGCACAACUAUGAGCAUAGCACACUAACCACGCACAAUCAUAGUCCAUCCAGUAUCCAAAAUACUUCAGCUUUUCAGGGAAGACAUGGACUCAAGAAGGGGUUGCAUCAGCUGUUCAAAAGUUUAAACUUCACUCCAAUUUAAAAUGGGGUGCACAACACAAACUGUGUUACAUAGCCUUAGCCAACUGAACAAACUGACGUUAGCUUAAAAACCAUGACUCCUUUCGAAUGGAUAAUGGAAAAUGGUCGACACAUCUGACCUGAUGUUUAAAACAUUCAAAACAACAAAAUAUCCCUGAAAAAACUACAUAAAAAGCCAAUAAUGCUGGGCUCAAUCAUUACAUUACAUUACAUUUAGCUGACGCUUUUAUCCAAAGCGACUUACAAUAAGUGCAUUCGACCAAUCUUAUCUUACAAACUUGAAGAAAACCGAA